AUGCCGCCGAAACCAAAACCAAAACCUACCCCCUCAACACCAGAGGAUGCCGGCUUGAACUUCAAAAAACCAAAUGUUGAGCCUCAUCCAUCUGGACGGACUCCACAUGGACAAGCAGGACAGGUUGAGCGCGCCUUCACGGCGGCAUCAACCUUCUGCUCGGGGAUUCUCGCUAUCAGCGCUUCACAGUUUAUCGGUGCACCAUUUAAAUCAGUCGAUCCGGAGUUUUACAACUCCUACAUGGCGUUCACGAAGCAGUCGUUUGGUGUGCUUGCGACGACAAUGACCCAGUGGUGGAGUCCCACCGUGGUUCGGGUGAGCGGCGACAACAGUAUGCCUAGUCAACUCCUCCGAAGAGAUGAUGGGAGCUUGCAAUGCAAGUUUCCUGAGCGACUGGUGAUGAUGUCCAACCACCAGUUAUACACUGACUGGCUCUAUCUCUGGUGGAUAGCGUACACGAACAAGAUGCACGGCCACAUCUAUAUCAUCCUGAAAGAAUCGUUGAAGAACGUUCCUAUAAUCGGAUGGGGAAUGCAAUUUUACAAUUUCAUCUUCCUCUCACGGAAAUGGGCGGAUGAUAAAGACCGGUUCAAAGAGCAGCUCAUGCCUCUGAACAAGCCGGAAGUCCCGAUGUGGCUCGUGAUCUUCCCUGAGGGGACCAACCUCUCAGCCAUGACGAGGGAGCGCAGCAAGCAAUGGGCAAGUAAGAAUGGUAUUCAAGACAUGAAACACCAGCUCCUCCCGAGGAGCACCGGGUUGAGGUUCUGCGUUCAAAACUUGCGCAAGUCAACCGAAUGGCUAUAUGACUGCACAAUAGCCUACGAAGGCGUGCCCGAAGGCCAGUACGGCCAAGACAUAUACACCCUUCGCGGUUCAUUGUUGGAAGGACGACCGCCGAAGAGUGUGAACAUGUACUGGAGACGCUUUCGAAUCACCACCAUCCCUGUUGAUGAUUCGACGGCGUUCGAUAUCUGGUUACGGAACCGAUGGCGAGAGAAAGACUAUCUCCUUGAACAUUUCCAAAAGUUCAACCAGUUUCCAACUGAU